AUGUCACUGCCAGGCCAGACACUGGUCUGGGUUCAGAGCGUCCUGCACAGGUUCCUAGACGGCAGUGGACCUCGAGCGAAAAUCCUCGACCCUAAGCUCCCUACUCCUCCAGCAAAGGUGGUUGCCGAACGCCCCAGUCAGCGUUCCAUCCUCACCCAUCCAUCCGAGAGGGAAUACUUUGACAGCAUCGCACCCAGGUCUGUCGCAGAUGCUCCGUUGCCGUCUUUUGACCCCGGCGUCUUCGACAACGAGCUGCUCAAACUGAAGUUGUACUCGAUCAUUGACCCCAGGAGUCCUUCUCUUGCCCUGGAGCCGGAAGGAAACAUCGUUGAGGGUACCUACAUGGGCACCCAGGUUGCCCUGACUGAGGCCUACUCUCGGAUCGAGCAAACAUUUGCCUCUCUACUUAAUGUCCUAGGCAUUGAGCCGACAUUGCCCAGAUACAUCGGCCUUGAAGAGCAGAAGAAGCUCUAUCAAUUCUCAGCAUAUCCAAAGAACGCUGACGGCACGUGGGCCAACUAUCCGCCCCAUCUUAGACACAUUCCACCGGAUCACGCUCUCAGCCCGUUCGGCAUAUUUGAUGCCAUUGGCCUUGUUGAGACACAGGUGAUUCUUCAGAAGAUCACUCCUACCGAGGAAGGAAUCAUCGGGCGCACGAAAGAGUGGCUGCUUGAAAAGGCGCGCGCAGGAGCUUUUGGUGGCGACCCUGAGAAGGGUUUCAAAAUUCAGGAUGUCGUCGACUACAACAAGUACCACCGCAAGUUUGGCAGUGAUAUCACGGGCGGCGGUAACAUUGGCCUUCUUGACGACUGGUACGGCGAUCGCCGUUUUGCGGACCAGCAGUUCACAGGUACCAACCCGACCACGAUCACCCAGGCCACGCCGGCCUGGAUCUCUGAGUUCUCCAAGGCGGCGAAAGCUGGUAAAUAUGACAAAUGGGUCGCCGCGCUUUCCAGAGCCGACCCCAAGUCCCUCUUCGUGCAAGAUGGCAGCUACUUCCGAACGGCUAUCGGCGUGUCCAACCCCGAGGCCAUCCUCAACCACCAGCAACCGGGCAGCAGCCACAAUUGGGCUGUUGGUUCGGUGAGCCUGUUCCAACUGCACGAAGAUGGCAAGCUGCACCCAAUUGCCAUCUGCAUUGACUACAAGGGGUCCAUGGACAAGUCGGUUACCAUCUUCAACAAGCGCAUGACGCCCAAUGACUCCGUCCACAGCGAGAAGGAAGACUGGCCGUGGCGAUACGCCAAGACAUGUGCCCAGGUGACGGACUGGAUGAGACAUGAACUGGCCGUGCAUCUCACCCUCUCACACCUCGUCGAGGAGGCCAUCAUUGUGGCGACGAACCGCACCAUUCCGAUGGAGCACCCCGUGUACAGGUUGCUCUCGCCGCAUUGGUACAAGACGCUGUCGCUCAAUGCCGCCGCGCGCGCCACUCUUGUUCCACAAGUUAUCGUGGACCUUGUCGGCAUCAGCCCGGACCAAUGCUAUAGCUUUCUGCGUGACGCCUACGAUAAAUACGAUUUUGUGGGGAGCUACGUGCCCAAUGACCUCCGGCGCCGCGGGUUUCCCGACACGCAGGAAGGCUUGCAGCACGCGCGGUACAAGAACUACCCGUACGCCAAGAAUGUCCUUGCGCUGUGGACCACGCUCAGAGCGUACGUCAAGACAAUGCUGCAGCGAGCCUUCCCAUCUGACGAGAGCGUUGCCGCCGACAAGUACAUCCAAGACUGGGCGAGGGAGGUGCAGACGGCAGCGUUCAUGCCGUCCUUCCCGACACUCAAGACGUUGGACGCGCUUGUCGACGCCGUCACUAUGUGCAUCCACAUCGCCUCGCCCUUCCACAGCGCCGUCAACUACCUGCAGAACUUUUACCACAUGUUUGUCAUUGCCAAGCCGCCGUCGCUGAGUCGGGAGCCGCCCAAAACGCUGGAGGAACUGAGAGCCUACAAAGAGGCCGACCUGGUGGCAUCGCUGCCGGUUAACAGGCAGCGGCAGUGGCUCUUGGCUGCACAGGUGCCGUGGCUGUUGAGCUUCAAGGUGGACUCGGACCGGAGCUUGAUAAAUUAUGCUGCUAGUCAGUGGAAUGUGUUUAAGCACAAGCACAAGCCCUCGGAGCAGGUGGUGAGGGAUGCUAGUAAGAAAUUGUAUGAGGACUUGCAGGCGCUGCAGAAGACGUUCUAUUACAACAGUAGAGCUAUGGAUAAGGGGAGCAUACCGUAUAUGGUCUUGGAUCCUGGGCUCACGGCUGUUUCGAUCUUGAUCUGA